AUGCUAGUCACUGUUGAAGUUGCCGCUGGUCUUCAUCCUACAGCAAACCUAGUCACACCUGGACCAUAUGGCCUUAUAUUUGCUUCAUUUGUGCCCUUUUUCUUUGACAUUCCAGUUUCAACACGGUUUCGUGUAUUUAGCUUUUUCUUCUCGGACAAGUCAUUCAUAUAUCUAGCUGGCGUUCAGCUUCUUUUGUCAUCAUGGAAAAGGUCCAUCUUACCAGGAAUGUGUGGCAUCCUUGCUGGUUCCUUGUACCGUUUAAAUGUCUUUUACAUCCGCAAAGCAAAGUGCAUCGCGGAGUGGCUAUUGGCUACCUCAUUUUCAAUAGUGGAGUGCUUUUCAUGUGCGGAUGAUGUGGCCAUUUUCACAACCCAGAAUAUGGCAUUUUGCACUCUCUGGUUUGGUGUCUCAUUUGGUGACAUUUCCGGUGUUGAUGUGGAGUUUCAGUCUAACCUCAUGACAGUGCUCUUUUCUAUUCCCAUGGCACUGCUCUGUAUUAGAUAUCGAUAUGGUCUCUGCAUGCAAGUCUUCUUUCCCAGAGUUUAUCACGUCAUUCUUUUCACGAAUUACAUUGCCAUCUAUGGGGAGUCCAAGUGCAGCAUCAUCAACAAGGAAUGUAGUUGGGAAUUUACCUUCCUAUCCAACUCGCCAAAUGGAGGCAAGUUUUACGCCGUAAUUCUUUUAUGGUUUGAUUUGCAUAUUUUAGGCAGCUAUGCAUCUUUUAUUUUGAUCACCCCAUCAGCUUUGUAUGCUGCCAUGAUAUUUGAAGCUGCUGGUCCUCCAGUAUCUUCAAUGCAAACUGAACUUGUUACAAGGAACUACCCUGCUCCAAUGCAAUCUGCAGUAGAACCAUCGGAGGACUCCAUCACUACUCUUGUCUCGAUGGGCUUUGACAGGAAUUCUGCCAGACAAGCCCUGGUGCAGGCCAGAAAUGAUGUCAAUGUGGCUACCAACAUCCUAUUGGAGGCACAGUCUCACUAA